CCGGGGGGGAUCAAGUUAUUAUUCAGGGGGCGGUUACCACCACGAAUGCAACCACCUGUCAAAUGCCCAAUAUUUGAGGAGGAGUGGGCAAGGGUUGUGAAAGCGUAUGCGAAGAGCCAGGAGAUGCAGGAUGCCAUGCUUGCCGAUACAUUGAACACAAGGGAAUACUGUGCAGAGGGCCAGGAGAUAGAAUGCGGCUGCUGCUGUUUAGAGUUUUCAUUCGAGAAGCUGGUUCAGUGCGCAGACGGACAUCUGUUUUGCUUCAAAUGCGUUGAGCGGAAUGUUGAGGAGCAUACGUUUGGUGCUUUGAAUGCAGUCGGGGGUCUUCGAUGCAUGUCGUUCAAGGGCUGUGAUGAGUACUUUCCUUGGUCUGAGGUGAGAAGGGCAUUGUCUCCAAAGGUGCUGGCCAAGUACGAGCAACGGCAAGCAGAGGACUCGGUUUCCAAAGCUCUACUUGAAGACCUGGUUUGGUGCCCUUUCUGUUCCUUCCCUGUGGAGUUGGAGCCUGACCAACGCGUUCUUGACUGUCCAGAAUGCAAGAAGUCCUCCUGUAGACUUUGUAAGGAGCCAAGCCAUGUGCCCCUGACGUGCGAGGAAGUGGAGAAGAAAUCAGAGACAAAUGUGCGGCUGCGCGUUGAGGAGUUGAUGACCAAAGCUGUCUUACGGACUUGCAGCAACUGCAAGAUGGUGUUGAUAAAGAACGAGGGUUGCAAUAAGGUGACAUGCCGAUGUGGGCAUUCCAUGUGCUAUGUUUGUCGGAUGCCAAUAAAGAGUUACAGCCAUUUUUGCCGACAUCCCCGGGAGCCAAACAAGAAGUGUAGCAAGUGCAACAACUGCAGUCUAUGGGAGCAGGAGGACUUUGAUGUUGUUGCAAAGAAGGCGAGAGAAGAAGCGCUGCAGAAAAUUGACAAAGCUGAUCUGAAACUGGGUAAGAGGGCUAUCGCAUGGUCGGACGAUGUCAUCAAUUCAGAUGCAGCUAAACGGGCGAAGUGAUUUGUGAAACCUGCCCCACAAAGAUACAUGUUAUGCAUGUUUACUGAUGUCGGCAGAUGGAAUGAACGGAGCCAAGCUAG